AUGAGUGACCUCUUGCUGAAAUGCGGAAACGAAAGGAACUGGUGGCCUAGAAGGGUGACAGUAAGGGGUGGACAGCUCCAUGUGGCGACUGCACAUGGAGAGGACGGUCCUUCCUCGCUGAAAUUGCCCCUCAGGCACUUGAGUCUUCAAGCUGGACCAUUGCCGAAUAGUCUCUCGCUGUGUAGAGGCCAAAACAUAGUACUGACUUUACAGACUGCUAGCCAACGCGCUUUCGACGAAUGGGUGAAAACGAUUGCCAUUGAACUUAUCCGUCAAACUCCCUUGGAUGCCAUCAAGUACCUGGAUAUUUUGACCAUUGCAGACUGCUGGAAGAGGAGAGAGGAAAGCUACGAAAAAGACUGGAACUUUAACAACUGCGUGUCGGUAGACGCAAAACCCGAAACGAACUGUGGCACUUGUAAAAACCACUGCGAAAAAAUAAACAUUAACAAAACUACAGUUACAGCAAAUGAUAACAGCACUACAAUAUCGAAAAUACCCGAAAGAACUGCUAAAACGGUAGCUAUUGUAGAAGAACAACACGUUGAGGAUUUAUUAAAGAAAUGCCAAAACGUUGAAAACUAUGUACCGGUGAAAGAAAAGCUUUUCCUUUUCGAAUCCCUGUGCAAAUACGGAAGGAAAGUGAGAAGUACGGAGGACGUUUCAUUAAAAGUAGAUACCGGAACGAAACGAGCUAGGUCUUUACACGACUUAACGAAUUUGAAUUCCCACAUUGCAGUUAGAGAAAUCUGCAAAUAUUUUGAGAAAAAGAACUGUUCUCAAGAUGAGAACAACGUUGUAAACUGUAAGACCAGGCCAGAUUUGCAAUUUAACGAUUUAUACAAGUGUCGCAAAGUUUUAACUACAUAAUUUGUGGAUUUGUGAAUGUAUAUAAUUGUGAAUUUAUAUAUAAGUUAUUGUUUAUAAAUUUGAGAUGUUAUAUUGUAGACUUGUUUUUAUUUAUUGUGUAAAUAUCGAUAA